GGUAACACUUGCCUUCACCGGGGUGGGCCUUCUGGUCGUUCUCACCUCCAUCAUCGGGUUUCUUCCAAAUGGGAGGUAAGACAGGACUUUCCUUAUUACCUGAGUAGUAACAUUUUAAUUAGGUUAGUAACUAGGUUAGUAGGUGUUGAAACUCAGUCCCUGUUUUCUGUGUUUUUCCUGAAGGAUGAAGAACUUCCUCAGUGAGCAGGUGCAUCUAAUGUGUUACCGGAUCUGUGUAAGAGCUCUCACUGCCAUCAUCACCUACCACGACAGGUAAGCAGCAGCAACAGCACUCGACACACAGAAUAAUAAUACAAAACACAUGGAAAGCAUUUUGAUGCCAUUAUUAGGAAUGACAUGCACUAUAUAUCUUUGUUGAAAGAUGAACACUACUGAACUGUGUACUAGAGCCAACAUCAAUAAAUCAGUUUGAAUUCUAAAGUUAUGAGAUAGUGUAAGUGGAGUAGUCACUGAGAGCCAGUAGCAAUCUACAUUCAUGUCCACUGUGGUGAGCAGAGUCAGCUUAGGUGGAGUUCAAAAGCCUGUGGCCAUGACCGCCCGGCGCCCACACACACAAAGCAAGGGCUGCUCCAACAAGGCCAUCACAUUCCAUUUAGGUCUGGGGUAGAGUACCCUGAGAGGCACCCAGCACAAACUGCUGCCCUGGACUUUCCCAGGCUAGGUGUCACCAAAGGGACCAGGGGCAGAGAAACAUGCAAAUCCAUCAUUGUUCAGGCAUUAACACCCACAGUGUGAUAGUAUGUGCUCUGGCAUAACUGUCCUUCUACUGUUAGGGCUUCCUGGCACAGCUCAGCAGGAAGUAGUACUGGAAGUUAAUCGGGCUAAUUAUAUUUACCCAGACUCUACGCUACACCACACGACCCUAGCCAGUUUAUGCUACUCUUUGUGUUUGUUUGAUAAGACUAAGUUGAAAGGCACAGUGGACAUUCCUUUUGACAUGAUGCAGGCAGUUUUCUGUCAGUUCAAAUGUCCUCUGAUGAUACAUUUGUAUUGAUCCUCAGUUGUUGUGGUGCGAGAAAAUGCCAGACACUGCCCCAAGACAUGUCUUGGAUGUGUUGAUUUGAAUAACUGCUGUAGAGCAAAACCUUUACAAAACCACUAGUCACAUGUUUGUUUGACAAAGCCCUAACUAGCCAAUGCUGAUUCAAAUGAUUCAAGAAGAAAAUUUGAGGAAAUGUUGCAAAAGGGAAAUGUCUCAAUCAUAUUGAAGAAAUAUAGACCUUCUCAUCCCCAACUCUAGGUCAGAGAGGGAACUUGUCAUAUGAACUUGUCAAGAUACUCUUUGUUUUGCAGUUUAAAAAAAAGAAAAUGAGUCGUCAUAGUCCGGUAGUGUAUUUAAACAAUAGGCCUACUCAUUCAAAUAAACCAUUAAGUCCAGGACCAGAAGGGUUAGGCUAAUCUCUGUCUGUGAAAUUGUCCCUCAGAGCAAAUGUUUUGAAAGACCUAUCCAUCAGGAUAAAAAAUAACUGAUCAUAAACAAAAUACGUUUCUAAGAGGCAAUAAACGUUUACUACUAAUAAUAAUAAUAGACGUUUCUUUAUAGGAAUGUGGUGUAUUCGGUAUGGAUUAUGUCCCAUCUUGCUCCCAUACUGCCUGUUAGCCCUGAAGGAAUCGACAUGUAGCGCUGGGCCUGUUACAGCAUGUGCCUCUCUCUCUAGUCUGGGUGGGGCUAAAAAUACUGAAGUGGUGUAAAAUGUGCUCUCUCUUGGUAACACGAUCAGCAACAUUAUCUCCUCGGAAUUUGGGCUCCUACUCCAGUCCAGCAUGCUCAGGGGGUAUGGCUUUGAACUCCAACAUCAUUAGUGUCCUCCCACUUUCAUGUUAAUUAGGGAGAGGUGAAGCAGAGGGCGCCGAGUUUCUCCCACAAACCCAGUAGGACUACAUUUUCCAUCAUCUACUGAGUUGUUAGGCUCUAGCUUACACUGGAAUAGUAAUUUCCUGAAACUCACUUGUCCCCUGACACUCAUCCCGUCCUCCUCUGUCUCUCUCUCGAUCCUUCCAGUGAAAACAAGCCCAAGAAUGGAGGGAUCUGUGUGGCCAACCACACCUCACCAAUUGAUGUCAUCAUCCUGGCCAGCGAUGGUUGCUAUGCAAUGGUAAGGCCCAACACCCAUGAUAAAUGGCACAGCAGUCAAACACAAGGCUACCUACUACAGCACAGAAUGACUGCUGUCAAUCAUUGUUGUCAUAUUUAGAAAGUUAUUGGUGUGCUACUACCAUCAAACAAACUUUGAGCUGAAGCAAGCACUCCAAUUCUGUGAGAUUGUUGACCUGUAUCAUCAGAUGUUUGUUAAACCACACCUGCAUGUGUGUCUGAUUGUGUUCCAGGUUGGGCAAAUCCAUGGUGGUUUGAUGGGCGUGAUCCAGAAGUCUAUGGUGAAAGCCUGCCCACACAUUUGGUUUGAACGCUCUGAAGUCAAAGACCGACAUCUAGUGGCCAAAAGGUAGUAAUGCACAUCCGCACUUUGUUUACUGCUUUUUAGCUGGAAGUCUCUCAGCUGUAGUCUGGCUGAUACUAAACUCAAAAUCCUUUUGACUUCAGAGUCUGGGGAGGCUGUUUAAAGUUAUCGGCACGAUGCGUUGAUAAUGAAGCUGUGCUUUUACUGGUUGGUUCUCCUUUGUGUCUUUCUCACUAAACACCCACAUGUACCACCAUACACAGCUCCUGAACGCUGCCCCCUUCCAUUACAACUGCUGGAUUUUCAAAUCCAAAUAACCCCCCCAGAAAUAAUUGUUUUGUUGAGAGAACCAAUCAAAGCUCGCUUUAUUUCUUAGCGAAUAUUGCACCAACAAACCAAACUCCUGUCCAGACAAGUGGGGCACAUCAGCCAGACUAACUCAGCUGUACCUUAGCAGAGACAUUUAAAGAACUGAAAUGGAUAAUUGAUAACUUUCAAUUAAAGUUUACUGUGACCAAGUUGUUUUGAUUAGACUUUAUUUGGGUUUAAGUGUUUGUGUAUUGAUAAAGCUAGUCAAACUGUAUUAAAUCAAGGUACUGUAAACAUACAAAAAUCUCUUGUGUUGCAGAUUGAGUGAUCAUGUAGAAGACAAAACUAAACUGCCUAUUCUCAUUUUCCCUGAAGGUGAGUCGUUUUAGUUUUUUUUCUUAGUUACUGCUUUGAACAUUAUUACAGUAGUGUUGAUUACUGGGUUACUGUUACCUUAAUAUCAUUUCCUAUCCCAAUUUGUAAACUGAUUUUUUCCCCAUAGGCACCUGCAUCAACAACACUUCAGUAAUGAUGUUUAAAAAGGGCAGCUUUGAGAUUGGCUCCACAGUCUACCCUGUGGCCAUCAAGGUGAGAGUAGAUCUCUCUCUCUGUGUGUGUGUGUGUGUGUGUGUGUGUGUGUGUGUGUGUGUGUCGUAGGGCUGUGGCGGUCACAAAAUUUCAUCAGCCGGUCAUUGUCAAGCAAAUAACUGUCGGUCUCACGGUAAUUGACCGUUAAUUAACAUAAACACAUUUAGCAUCUCCUGGCUUCCACACAUAGCCUACAAGUCACUGAUGCAGACCUUUGGAACAUCUACAUUUAAAAAAGUCUAAUACAUCCAUGUAAUAUAGCCUUCACCUUCACAAUAAGUCCAUUAUUAGGUCUAAAGAAGCAUGAUAUGAAGAAAAUGUAGUCUAUUUCAGAAGAACAGAAUAGCAUACUCUGAGUUGUCCUUAUGUUACAGGGGCUUGUGAAAAAGUCAAUACUUUGUAGAGCCACCUUUUGCAGCAAUUAGAGCUGCAAGUCUCUUGGGGUAUGUCUCUAUUAGCUUGGCACAUCUAGCCACUGGGAUUUUUGCCCAUUCUUCAAGGCAAAACUGCUCCAGCUCCUUCAAGUUGGAUGGGUUCCGCUGGUGUACAGCAAUCUUUAAGUCAUACCACAGAUUCUCAAUUGGAUUGAGGGCUGGGCUUUGACUAGGCCAUUCCAAGACAUUUAAAUGUUUCCCCUUAAACCACUCAAGUGUUGCUUUAGCAGUAUGCUUAGGGUCAUUGUCCUGCUGGAAGGUGAACCUCUGUCCCAGUCUCAAAUCUCUGGAAGACUGAAACAGGUUUCCCUCAGGAAUUUCCCAGAAUUUAGCGCCAUCCAUCAUUCCUUCAAUUUUGACCAGUUUCCCAGUCCCUGCCGAUGAAAAACAUCCCCACAGCAUGAUGCUGCCACCAUGCUUCACUGUGGAGAUGGUGUUCUCAGGGUGAUGAGAGGUGUUGGGUUUGUGCCAGACAUAGCGUUUUCCUUGAUGGCCAAAAAGCUCUAUUUUAGUCUCAUCUGACCAGAGUACCUUCUUCCAUAUGUUUGGGGAGUCUCCCACAUGCCUUUUGGCGAACACCUUAUGUGUUUGCUUAUUUGUUUCUUUAAGCAAUGGCUUUUUUCUGGCAACUCUUCCGUAAAGCCCAGCUCUGUGGAGUGUACGGCUUAAAGUGGUCCUAUGGACAGAUACUCCAAUCUCCGCUGUGGAGCUUUGCAGCUCCUUCAGGGUUAUCUUUGGUCUCUUUGUUGCCUCUCUGAUUAAUGCCCUCCUUGCCUGGUCUGUGAGUUUUGGUGGGCGGCCCUCUCUUGGCAGGAUUUAAUGGUUCUCCUUGUUCAAAGUUUCAGAUAUUUUUUUAUAACCCAACCCUGAUCUGUACUUCUCCACAACUUUGACCCUGACCUGUUUGGAGAGCUCCUUGGUCUUCAUGGUGCCGCUUGCUUGGUGGUGCCCCUUGCUUAGUAGUUUUGCAGACUCUGGGGCCUUUCAGAACAGGUGUAUGUAUACUGAGAUCAUGUGACAGAUCAUGUGACACUUAGAUUGCACACAGGUGGACUUUAUUUAACUAAUUAUAUGACUUCUGAAGGUAAUUGGUUGCACCAUAUCUUAUUUAGGGGCUUCAUAGCAAAGGGGGUGAAUACAUAUGCACGCACCACUUUUCCAUUAUACAUUUUUAGAAGUUUUUGUAACAAGGGAUUUUUUUCAUUUCACUUCACCAAUUUUGACUAUUUUGUGUAUGUCCAUUACAUGAAAUCCAAAUAAAAAUCCAUUUAAAUUACAGGUUGUAAUGCAACAAAAUAGGAAAAACGUAAAGGGGAAUUAAUACUUGUGCAAGACAUUGUAGGUCCUGAUCUGGCUAUGCCAAAUGGCUGUUGGCUACACUAGGUCAUUUAGCAGACAAGAUUUGCUUAGAAUACAAUUGAACAAAGCUGAAUAAAAUGUAAAUAAUAUUUUUGAGGGAGUGUGCACAUGCGGCUAUUCUGUGUUGAGCAGUUAACAAAUAAAUAGGUAAUGUGCCGAAUCACCUCUCACUCACAUGGCUCUCCAUCACGUGAUCGGGUCUUUCUCACAGGCUACAAGUGAAGACAGACACAUCGGGGACGCAACUGCGCACGUCCUUAUCCAAUUCCGAGGUGCAUAUUGAAGAUAUUGGAAGAACUGUCCACAUUUACUUUUCGUCAGCCAACAAGAUGAGUAGGCCUAACGAACAGCAAAAGCACUAGCCUAUGUCAAUCUACUAUCCCCUGUCGAGACGUGACUUACUUUAAUGUAUUACUGUUAUUUAUCGAAUCAACUAACAAUGUUUAAUUGUCACUUGAUUCAAUUAAUAAUGUAACAAAUAACUCAUUAGGAAUUUGGGGCACCACGGAAGAAGUUGUUCAACGAGUUACCGUCUCGUGAAUUAAACUCUUCAAUAUAUAUAUAUAUAUAUAUAUAUAUAUAUAUAUGUUAUAUAUCGAUAAAAGUCACUUAUUAAAUAAUUACAUCUUAUCAGUCUCAUUCUGAACGUCGCAUAAUCCUUGAACCUGCAAGAACCCUAACCUUAUUGAUGAAUCAGCAAUACACAAAUUGUCUUAAUUAUUUAUUUACUAACUAAAUAAUAACACAAUACAAACACACACACAGGUUAUUGAUUACUAACGUAAUACAAUGAAAACAGGUCCCUAGUGGACUGGACUAACAAUAGCAGGAAUGCUUGAAAGGGAGAGACAGAGAUUCAAACUAUCAUUGAUACUUUGGAAACCACACUCACGAAAAUACAAAUGUUUAGCACCAGCUCAUUCGGAUUAGAAAUGCAACAUGUAUUUACGUGUAGCUGUCCUCGAUAGUUGAGUUGAUGAUGUAGUACUCUGGUUUGCCCACCAGAGAUCCCGAUGUCCUUGGUAGAGUUUCUGGUCAUAGUGGAGGUUAGAAUGGAUACUUCAGCGUACCCUGUAGUUCGUAGAGUUGAUCUGUUAGAAUAGAUACUUCAGAUGUACCAACAGUUGUCUGAGAGGGAUUGUCCUUCCCAACUCGUGUCUUUUACUGAAAGUUCUCUAGACGACUAUACAUGCCAGCUGCAGACUGAGAUGAUAAGGUCUAGUGCGUUGUCUUCUUCUUCACCUUGUGAAGAAGUUUCAGAGUUUCACAAUUUUGCCAAAUUCAGCUCGCGCUGCAUGUAGGCUGGUCUGUAGCGUGUCAACCAUUUUAAGCCGUGGGGCUUCCUGGUCUAACCAUUUUAAACCGUGUAGCUUUUAGCUUCACGCUUCCUGGUCUGGUAGAAAUUCAACCAUUUGCAACAUCCGGCUUAUACCGUAAUCUGCUUGGUCUGAUGUGAAUUUCAUCACAAGGGGUUUUAUACUUGAGUAGAAAGGGGGGUGUUUCAUCAUGUUUGUGCUUAUCUUGGCGUGGCCACUGACUGAGAACAAAUCAAUAUGGAAAACAAUAAUCUCAUCUAGAAUGCUAACAUCACAUUGUUAUCUUCACAAAAUUAUUAUUAUACUUAAUCAUUUGUUUUAUAAAACAAUUAGACGCAAACCUCAUAACUGGGAAGUGUACACCCCCAGAGAUACAGUUACAGUUGAAGACGGAAGUUUACAUACACUUAGGUUGGAGUCAUUAAAACUUGUUUUUCAACAACUCCACAAAUUUCUUGUUAACAAACUAUAGUUUUGGCAAAUCGGUUAGGACAUCUACUUUGUGCAUGACACAAUGUUUUUUUCCAACAAUUGUUUACAGACAGAUUAUUUCACUUAUAAUUCACUGUAUCACAAUUCCAGUGGGUCAGGAGUUUACAUACACUAAAUUGACUGUGCCUUUAAACAGCUUGGAAAAUUCCAGAAAAUUAUAUCAUGGCUUUAGAAGCUUCUGAUAGGCUAAUUGACAUCAUUUUAGUCAAUUGGAGGUGUACCUGUGGAUGUAUUUCAAGGCCUACCUUCAAACUCAGUGCCUCUUUGCUUGACAUCAUGGGAAAAUCAAAAGAAAUCAGCCAAGACCUCAGAAAAGAAAUUGUAGACCUCCACAAGUCUGGUUCAUCCUUGGGAGCAAUUUCCAAAUGCCUGAAGGUACCACGUUCAUCUGUACAAACAAUAGUAUGCAAGUAUAAACACCAUGGGACCACGCAGCCGUCAUACCGCUCAGGAAGGAGACGCGUUCUGAAAAAACGAGUUUAAAUGUAUUUGGCUAAGGUGUAUGUAAACUUCCGACUUCAACUGUAUGUUGUUCCACCGUCUUUAAUGACAUCACAACAUAGUAACGAAUUUGACAUUAUUGUUCUUUAAGUCCCCACCGACCAUUUCCCACAUUAUUUGAAGUAGGAAUAUUGUUUCAUUAUCAACUUUUGGAUGUUGGAGUCUUGGCGGGAAGACUUCCAUUGUUCCACAGGGAAAUUCCCUCUCGCAAUACUUCAUGGCUCGGAAAAUAAAGUUUCUGUAAGGAAUUUACGACCGGUCAUAUAACUGGCCCCCAGGAAAGGGGGUGUUCAAACCUUUGCCUUGCCGGCAUCUUUGAUCCUCAACCCAUGAGGGCAAGUCAUGACACCCCCAUAGUACAAAAGUCGACCUAUUCUAUUCUGUGUGAGAAAUAAAUAUUCCAAACAUAGUCUGGGACAGUUGUGGAAUGCAAUAUACUUUUUUACGCUAUGUGGCUGACGCAACAGAUCAGAACGUUUAGCUUAAAAUGUUGAUAAACUAUUAGGCUAUUUCUUCACAUUAUAAGUGCAGCAAUGCGCACAUGGUAGUAGGCUAUAAGCGCGAAUGUUCCAUUAGCGGAAAACACCAUUAUCAAAAGUGACCGCAAAUGCAAUUAUGCAUGUAAUGCUUUUAUUAUAAAGGUGGAUUUUUAAGGUGAAAAUGAUCUUCCCCAAACUUGAAACUCACGCGCUGCUUAUGUAUGCCAGUUAGGCUCUACACUCCUUGUAAAGUGGAUUAAUGUGCUUAAUUUUAAGAAGUUAUUUGGCCACUUUAGUUGUGAUACAAACCUUAUCAAAACAUAUAGGCCUAUGGGCUAGGCUACAUGAGGUGUGCGACUAUGAUUCGAAAAAGUCGCAAAAAAAGGCAUUGUUUCCUAUGCUGGGCAUCAUUCACAAGUGAGAAUAUAUAAUUCACAAGUGAUAGGCUAAUACUGUCACCCAUCAGACUAUUCUUAAUUUAAUCUUGUCUUUACAUAUACUAAAUAAUAUAUGUGUGAAAUUUGUUUUGAUUUAGAAUGGACCAUUAUCAUGCACCUGUAUAAAAACAGGGGCAACGGGAAAAAAUACAUGUCAUCUAUACACUUAAAUAACAAAUGGAGGACGCUUUUCUCAUGGUUCAUUUUCAUGCCAGCCAGGUAGGCUAUACUCCUGUUGUAAAUAUAAGCAAUGUGCUUAAUAUUAGGAAAGUUGAGAAAUAAAUAAUGUAGGCCUAGCCAAUAGAAAGCUGAUGGGAGCCUCCUCUUUUCAGUAGAGGCCAUCACUCUGUUUUCUUGUGCAAUUGCAUAGCCAAUAGAAAUGUUGUGCAACAUGAGCUCAUGGGCUCUCAUGGAGUGUUUUGAUUAGAUUCGAAUACAUUUGCAUUGAUGUCAGAGUGAUUAGAGGGAAAAUAGAAUGCCGAGUACCAGGCAGUUAGCAAGUUUGGUAGGCUACUAAUGACCAGCAGCAACAUCAGAGCUUGGAGAAGCCUAAUUACCGUGACUAAACGGUCACAUGGAAUUUUACUGCCUUCAUGGCUCGUGGGUGUGGCGGUAAUACGGUCACCGCAACAGCCCUAUGUGUGUGUGUGUGUGUGCGCAUGUGUGCGUGUACGUGCAUGGUAUUUUUUCUCCUCUGUCUUCCAGUAUUAAUCAGUAUUAAGUUCCUGUCCCAACAGUAUGACCCCCGCUUUGGAGAUGCCUUCUGGAACAGCAGCCAGUUUGGGAUGGUCAACUACCUGCUGAGGAUGAUGAGCAGCUGGGCCAUUGUGUGCAGUGUGUGGUACCUGCCACCCAUGAGCAGAGAGGUUAGUUUGGGCAAAACCUCACCGUUUUCUUUUGGUUGGAGGAUAGCUGUGACAUUGAUUCAACACCCUAAGCUCAUUUAAGUUUUUGCUGGCCAUUGUGAAUUGUUUAAUGAUGGCAGGCAAAUUAUAUUUGAUUAGCACGCUCUAGCCCCAGUCAAGUUAAUACUGUCAAUAUUUUAGAAGGUGUAGUAAAGCUAACCUCCCUGAAGUUAGCUGUUUCAUGUGGUUAAUAUUAGUUCUCUCAUUUCAAUCCACCAGUGUUAUUCAUAUUGAAUGGAUGCAUAUGAUGCACUCCUUCCUUUGACCUCAACCUGGCAUGAUUUACCUAGGACAUGCUCAAGUCAACCAGAGUUUGCAUUUGGUGAUGCAAAUUAAUCCUGCUUUGAGUCGGUUUUUAAAUCAGCAUUCACCUCCAUUAAGAUUUAAGGUUGAGAUGGCCUCUCCCAGCUCCCACCCCUGAUUUAAGGAAAUGUGAUUCAAAGCAGUAUUUUGAGAGUGGCUGCCUCCUUUAGACAUGCCGGCUUAUACACUUGCUGGUUUGUCUCAUGUUGGGUUGUCUUUCAAAUUAAAUCAUAUUUUUAUUUGUCACAUGCACAGAAUACAACAGGUGUAGACCUUACCGUGAAAUGCUUACUUACAAGCCCUUAACCAACAAUGCAGUUCAAGAAAUGGCGUUAAGAAAAUAUUUACUAAAUAAACUAAAGUAAAAAAUUAAAUAAAAAGUAACAAUAAUGAGGCCAUAUACAGGGGGUACCGGUACCGAGUCAAUGUGCGGGGGUACAGGUUAGUCAAGGUAAUUUGUACAUUUAGGUAGGUGUAAAGUGACUAUGCAUAGAUAAUAAACAGUGAGUAGCAGCAGUGUAAAAACAAAGGGGGGUGGGGUGGGGUGGGGGUGUCAAUGUAAAUAGUCUGGGUGGCCAUUUGAUUAAUUGUUCAGCAGUUUUAUGGAUUGCGGGUAGAAGCUGUUAAGGAGCCUUUUGGACCUAGACUUGACGCUCCGGUACCGCUUGCCGUGCGGUAGCAGAGAGAACACUCUAUGACUUGGGUGACUGGAGUCUUUGACCAUUUUUUGGGCCUUCCUCUGACACCGCCUAGUAUAUAGGUCCUGGGUGGCAGGAAGCUUGGCCCCAGUGAUGUACUGGGCCGUACACACUACCCUCUGUAGCGCCUUAAGGUCGGAUGCCGAGCAGUUGUCAUACCAGGCGGUGAUGCAACCGGUCAGGAUGCUCUAGAUCAGGGGUGUCAAACGUACGGCCCGCGGGCCGGAUCAGGCCCGCAAACGGGUUUAAUCCGGCCCGCGAGAUGAUUUAAAAAAUAAAUAAAUAAUAAAAAUAAUAAUAAUAAUAAUAAUUUUGUAAAGUAUAAAAAUGCGCUGCAAUUUUUCAAUAAAAUAAACUGCUGUUCCAAUUGCGUCCACUGGAUGGCGCAAUAGCAAUUGUGUUAAGCAAGCAAACUGUUUAUACCGGGGCAGAGCAAGUAGGUCAAGCACGUGCAGCCAAUGAGCUACUUUGUUUUGCCCGCGAUAUUUCUUACGGCUUCUACUUUUAACAUUAUGUGCUUUGGCACCCUCAUUGCCCCAAUAUGUCUCUGUCAAAAAAGAGAAAAGUGGACGCAGAGUGCAGAGUGUUCCAAGAAAAAUGGUCAUCCUAUUUAAUCACGGAAUUGAAUGGGAAAGCUGUAUGUUUGGUGUGUUCAGAGCAUGUUGCAGUGCUGAAAGAAUAUAACCUUCGUCGCCACUAUGUGAGUCUUCAUGCCGACAAAUAUGACAACUUUCAAGGACAGCAGAGAUGAGAGAAGGUGAAUGAACUGUUGGCGGGUCUGAAGAAACAGCAGUCUGUGUUUACUCACAGCCGAGACAUCAGUGACGCUGCAGUGAAAGCUAGCUACCUCAUUGCUAAUGAAAUCGCAGUGGCUUCAAAACCAUUUAGUGAGGGUGAAUUUGUAAAAACAUGCAUGAUGAAGGCAGCGGAGAUUGUGUGCCCUGAAAAGCGGCAGGCUUUUGCAAAUAUCAGCCUGACAAGAAACACAGUUGCAGACAGGAUUUCCGAUCUUUCAGUGGAUUUGGACAGCCAGUUGAAGCAAAAAGUAAAGUCAUUUAUUGCGUUUUCGGUUGCAAUUGAUGAAAGCACGGACAUUACAGAUGUUGCACAACUGGCCAUUUUUUCAUCCGCGGAAUUGAUGACACAUUGACCGUCACCGAGGAGUUCGUGGAGUUGGUGCCGAUGACAGAUACAACGACAGCAGCUGAUAUUUUUACCACACUCGUCGGCGCGCUGGACAGGGUCGGAGUGGACUGGUCCCGCGCUGUCAGCCUGGCUACAGAUGGUGCGCCCUCAAUGAUCGGGAAAAAAGCAGGCGUUGUGACAAAGUUCAGAGAGAAAGUGCAAUCUGCAAAUGGAGGACGUGAUUUUUUUGACUUUUCACUGUAUUUUGCACCAGGAGGCUUUGUGUUGCAAGUCAUUAAAGAUGGAUAACGUCAUGAAGGUGGUCAUCCAAACUGUUAAUUUCAUCCGAUCCAGAAGCCUGAAUCACCGUCAGUUUGACAGCCUUCUCAGAGAGAAAGACCACAUCUAUGGCCUGCCAUACCACACUGAGGUAAGAUGGUUAAGCCGAGGUGCUGUGCUGAGGCGUUUCUUUGAUUUACGAGAAGAAAUUGAACAGUUCAUGGAAGAAAAGGGCAAACCAGUGUUAGAAUUUCAUUCCGCAGAAUGGAUGCCGGACCUUGCAUUUAUGGUGGAUGUUACAGAGCACUUGAAUAACUUGAACAAACAGCUGCAAGGGCGCAACAAAGUUGUCACGCAGUAUUAUGACAGCAUACGUUCUUUCAAGUUGAAGCUGUCAUUGUGGGAGACGCAACUUGCCGGUGGUGAUGCAGCUCACUUCCCCUGUCUUAAAAAAUGUGUGCGCGACCCAACAUGUGGCAGACAUGAAGCGGUUCAAAGAUAAAAUAACGGGACUGUUACGGGAGUUUGAGCAACGCUUUCAGAUUUAUGUUUUUAUGUUGAUGUGCUAUUGUUUUUAAUUGUUUUUAUUUUAUUUGUAUAUUUAACCUAUUCUUGACUCUGUGGUUCUUGCACUUGUUUGGGGAACAGGAUUUCAUUAUUUUUAUCUACAUUUCUGCCUGAGAAAUGACACCCUGAUAUAGUUCUGUGAUCUGUGAUAUACUUCUGUGAAUCACUGAGGCAUUGUGUGUUUGUGUGUUCUUUGUCCUCAGAACUUUCAAAUAACUUGAGGUGUUUUAUGAUUAAUAGUGAUGUUGUGCUUUUGGACACUGUCCUCAGGCUCCAGCUUUAUGUUUAUAUGUUUUUAUGUUGAUGUGCUAUUGUUUUUAAUUGAUUUUAUUGUAUUUGUAUAUUUAACCUAUUCUUGACUCUGUGGUUCUUGCACUUGUUUGGGGAACAGGAUUUCAUUAUUUCUAUCUACAUUUCUGCCUGAGAAAUGACACCCUGAUAUAGUUCUGUGAUCUGUGAAACAUUUCUGUUAAUCACUGAGGCAUUGUGUGUUUGUGUGUUCUUUUCCUUUAGAAUUUUCAAAUAAACUUGACGUGUUUUAUGAUUAAUAGUGAUGUUGUGCUUGUACUAUUUUGGACACACUGUCCUCAGGCUCCAGCUUUAUGUUGUAUGUUGAUCGUAUUAAAACAAAGAAAACAAUCUGUUGUUGUUUUUAAGUUAUAUAUACCAUGAUUUUUCCGGUCCGGCCCACUUGGGAAUAGAUUUUCCUCCAUGUGGCCCCUGAGCUAAAAUGAGUUUGACACCUCUGCUCUAGAUAGUGCAGCUGUAUAACUUUUUGAAGAUCUCGCGACCCAUGACAAAUCUUUUCAGUCUCCUGAGGGGGAAAAGGUGUUGUCGUGCCCUCUUCACGACUGUCUUGGUGUGUUUGGACCAUGAUAGUUUGAUGGUGAUGUGGACAUCAAGGAACUUGAAACUCUCGACCCGCUCUACUACAGCCCCGUCGAUGUGAAUGGGGGCGUGUUCGGCCCUCCUUUUCCUGUAGUCCACGAUCAGCUUCUUUGUCUUGCUCACGUUGAGGUAGAGGUUGUACAUUAAGGCUGAUUGCACAACCAGAGCUUGACAAAGCAAUUUGUACCAGGAUUGUGGAUGAGCACUUAAUGUAUGUGACUUGGUGUAAGGAAUUUAGAUAAUGAUUUUAGAGUCUUUUGAGCGGGUGUGGAUGUGAACUUGGUCAGGCCUCGCUCAUGAAUAACAGCAAAGGGUUGAGUACAACCACCCACUUCUAAAACGUUGUACUCACUUCUAAAACAUAGUGUUCAGAGGCAGGGGUUGGCCAGCUUUGGGGCCAUUGACCGACCGACCAUCCCAUCUUGAUGUAGAAAGCAGAGGGAGGGAAGUUUGGGAAGUUUUCCUUUCUCUAAAUGUCAGAGUGGAAGGAACUCAGUGGGCUAGGAUCCAACUGGUCCUCAGAGGUGUCCUGCCCUUUGAUCAAAUUUUCCACCUGCUGUUUGAAUGGAAACUAGUACUUAGAGCAGGCUUUUGGAGCAGCCUCAUGUCUCUGUCACAAGGGGAUCAUAGUCACACAGCAUCACACAGAAUCAGAUCAAUCCAAAUUUAGAGAUUAUUUUCUUUCCUCUGAUGCAUGGCCCAUGAAAUGCACUGUGCUUUAUUUAAUAUCCCAGUUUGUCAAAAUGUGCUUGAUACUACACUACAUGCCAAUUUUGCCCAUUAGUGGAUGUAGCCAAUCGAAAGGAUAACUGGUGGUCAUUCAUACAAUAUGUGCAAUAAGACCCUUUCCAGGACAUGUCUGAUGCUCAGGUGGCCAAGUCCCCUUUGUGUGUCUAUCUGGUCUUCAUCUCUCUAUGAUCUUUGUCUUCCUUUCUGAACAGGAAGGAGAGGAUGCUGUCCAGUUUGCCAAUCGGGUUAAAGCAGCUAUCGCCAGGCAAGGAGGGCUGGUGGACUUGCUAUGGUGAGUAACCCAUAGCAAACAUCAGAGAACAUAUGUACACAUGGGUUAUACUUAUCAGGUCUGUGUCAUUGUUAAACCCAGCUCAGUUUUGCUCUAAUGUAUCCCCUUGUGGGCUUCACAGAAUACUGUGUAAUGCAGGGUUCCCCAAAAUAAGACUGUAAAAACACCAGCAAAACAGCUCAAAGUGAUUUGAAUUUUGGAAAUCUGUUCCAAAGUAUUCCCACAUAUAAUGGAGAGAUAUUUUAAAUGAAAUGAUUAUGUUUUUGUCAAAUAUUAUGUCUGUUUGGGCUUCUUGUGGUCAAUUUGCAGUCUACAAAUUAUUUGUAAUUAUGUUCCGGCCCCCUUUAUCCCUUACUCAAGAAACAAUCGGCCCGUGGCUGUCUCUAGUGAAUUAUGUUGUUGUUGCUUUGUAGGGAUGGAGGUUUAAAGCGAGGGAAGGUAAAAGACACCUUCAAAGAGGAGCAACAAAAGUUAUACAGCAAAAUGCUAGUGGGAACCCAAGAGGACCGCAGUCGUUCUUGAAGACAAAUGCAGGGAGUUUGAGAUGAUCGGAGACCCACUUGGGGACCACAGAAUGGACAGUCUAAAGGAGUUUUUGACCUGGAAUACUCCCACCCUCAUGUCAGGAAUACUUCACUUGGCUUUCUCGGUCACUGCCUCAGCUUGGCAUAUCAUGUUCUCAUUGCUGUUACAGCCUAUUCUGGGCCCUGUCUCUAUCCUCUGUUUCUAAUGAUUUGACAAUGGACUGGCCUAUACUGUACCAGUGUGUCAUGAAGCUGCGCACUAAGAUGGUGUGUUGUCUUCCCUGAUGGUGACAAAACUGUCUUUUGAGUGACUAAUGUAUUUAUGUCCUUCAUUGAGUUAAUGUAUAUGUUUUGUUCUUAUCAUUUAUCUUUUUUUGUUUUAUUAUUGUUAAUCGUAAUAAUGACAGUUAUUAUCAUAAUUGUUCUUUUAAGUUACAAUAUAUCUGCCUGGGGAUGUAGCAAUGCAACAUAGAUAAGUACUGUAAAGUUUGUACUGAAGGGGAAAACUGUGACCAUGUUGGGAAAUGCAUGAAUGGCUUGUUCCCAACAUGACUGAGAUGACGAGGUGCCACGUAAAUAUGUUUCUAAUACUUUUUUGUUUUGUUUUUUCAAUUAAAAAAAGCCUUUUGUUUCAAAGGUCCAAUGCAGCUGUUUUAAUCUCAAUAUCACAUCAUUUCUGGGUAACAAUUAAGUACCUUACUGUGAUUGUUUUCAAUUAAAAUGGUCAAAAAGAAACAAGAAUAGCUUCUUAGCAAAGAGCAAUUUCUCAAGCAAGAAUUUUGCUAGGACUGUCUGGGAGUGGUGAGUGGAAAACAGAAAACUACCUGUUAUUGGCAGAGAGGUUUAGAACUCUUUCUUAUUGGUCUCCUGGUGAUGUCACCAGGCAGGCCAAGACUCCAUCCCACCAACACAGGCUGAAAUUUCAGGUGGUCUUUUGAAACAGCUCUUACACUUAAAGGGCAUUAUCAUCAUUGUCACAAUUUCACAGCAUUAAUCCCACCUCAUAGUGUGGAAAUAUACAGUGGCUUGCGAAAGUAUUCACUCCCCUUGGCAUUUUCCCUAUUUUGUUGCCUUACAACCUGGAAUUAAAAUUGAUUUUUUGGGGGGUUUGUAUCAUUUGAUUUACACAACAUGCCUACCACUUUGAAGAUGCAAAAUAUUUUUUCUUGUGAAACAAACAAGAAAUAAGAAAAAAAUCAAAUAAUAAUUGAGCGUGCAUAACUAUUCACCCCCCCAAAGUCAAUACUUUGUAGAGCCACCUUUUGCAGCAAUUACAGCUGCAAGUCUCUUGGGGUAUGUCUCUAUAAGCAUGGCACAUCUAGCCACUGGGAUAUUUGCCCAUUCUUCAAGGCAAAACUGCUCCAGCUCCUUCAAGUUGGAUGGGUUCCACUGGUGUACAGCAAUCUUUAAGUCAUACCACAGAUUCUCAAUUGGAUUGAGGUCUGGGCUUUGACUAGGCCAUUCCAAGACAUUUAAAUGUUUCCCCUUAAACCACUCAAGUGUUGCUUUAUCAGUAUGCUUAGGGUCAUUGUCCUGCUGGAAGGUGAACCUCUGUCCCAGUCUCAAAUCUCUGGAAGACUGAAACAGGUUUCCCUCAAGAAUUUCCCUGUAUUUAGCGCCAUCCAUCAUUCCUUCAAUUCUGACCAGUUUCCCAGUCCCUGCCGAUGGAAAAACAUCCCCACAGCAUGAUGCUGCCACCACCAUGCUUCACUGUGGGGAUGGUGUUCUCAGGGUGAUGAGAGGUGUUGGGUUUGCGCCAGACAUAGCGUUUUCCUUGAUGGCCAAAAAGCUCAAUUUUAGUCUCAUCUGACCAGAGUACCUUCUUCCAUAUGUUUGGGGAGUCUCCCACAUGGCUUUUGGCGAACACCAAACGUGUUGGCUUAUUUUUUUCUUUAAGCAAUGGCUUUUUUCUGGCCACUCUUCCGUAAAGCCCAACUCUGUGGAGUGUACGGCUUAAAGUGGUCCUAUGGACAGAUAUUCCAAUCUCCGCUGUGGAGCUUUGCAACUCCUUCAGGGUUAUCUUUGGUCUCUUUGUUGCCUCUCUGAUUAAUGCCCUCCUUGCCUGGUCCGUGAGUUUUGGUGGGCGGCCCUCUCUUGGCAGGUUUGUUGUGGUGCCAUAUUCUUUCAAUUUUUUUGUAAUGGAUUUAAUGGUGCUCCGUGGGAUGUUCAACGUUUUUUAUAACCCAACCCUGAUCUGUACUUCUCCACAACUUUGUCCCUGACCUGUUUGGAGAGCUCCUUGGUCUUCAUGGUGCCACUUGCUUGGUGGUGCCCCUUGCUUAGUGGUGUUGCAGACUCUGGGGCCUUUCAUAACAGGUGUAUAUACAGUGAGGGAAAAAAGUAUUUGAUCCCCUGCUGAUUUUGUACGUUUGCCCACUGACAAAGACAUGAUCAGUCUAUAAUUUGAAUGGUAGGUUUAUUUGAACAGUGAGAGACAGAAUAACAACAAAAAAAUCCAGAAAAACGCAUGUGCUCCUGUAAGUCGCUCUGGAUAAGAGCGUCUGCUAAAUGACUAAAAUGUAAAAUGUAAAUGUAAUGUCAAAAAUGUUAUAAAUUGCUUUGCAUUUUAAUGAGGGAAAUAAGUAUUUGACCCCUCUGCAAAACAUGACUCAGUACUUGGUGGCAAAACCCUUGUUGGCAAUCACAGAGGUCAGACGUUUCUUGUAGUUGGCCACCAGGUUUGCACACAACUCAGGAGGGAUUUUGUUCCACUCCUCUUUGCAGAUCUUCUCCAAGUCAUUAAGGUUUCGAGGCUGACGUUUGGCAACUCAAACCUUCAGCUACCUCCACAGAUUUUCUAUGGGAUUAAGGUCUGGAGACUGGCUAGGCCACUUCAGGACCUUAAUGUGCUUCUUCUUGAGCCACUCCUUUGUUGCCUUGGCCGUGUGUUUUGGGUCAUUGUCAUGCUGGAAUACCCAUCCACGACCCAUUUUCAAUGCCCUGGCUGAGGGAAGGAGGUUCUCACCCAAGAUUUGACGGUACAUGGCCCCGUCCAUCGUCCCUUUGAUGCGGUGAAGUUGUCCUGUACCCUUAGCAGAAAAACACCCCCAAAGCAUAAUGUUUCCACCAUGUUUGACGGUGGGGAUGCUGUUCUUGGGGUCAUAGGCAGCAUUCCUCCUCCUCCAAACACGGCGAGUUGAGUUGACGCCAAAGAGCUCCAUUUUGGUCUCAUCUGACCACAACACUUUCACCCAGUUCUCCUCUGAAUCAUUCAGAUGUUCAUUGGCAAACUUCAGACGGGCCUGUAUAUGUGCUUUCUUGAGCAGGGGGACCUUGCGGGCUCUGCAGGAUUUCAGUCCUUCACGGCGUAGUGUGUUACCAAUUGUUUUCUUGGUGACUAUGGUCCCAGCUGCCUUGAGAUCAUUGACAAGAUCCUCCUGUGUAGUUUUCGGCUGAUUCCUCACCGUUCUCAUGAUCAUUGCAACUCCACGAGGUGAGAUCUUGCAUGGAGCCCCAGGCCAAGGGAAAUUGACAGUUAUUUUGUGUUUCUUCCAUUUGCGAAUAAUCGCACCAACUGUUGUCACCUUCUCACCAAGCUGCUUGGCGAUGAUCUUGUAGCCCAUUCCAGCCUUGUGUAUGUCUACAAUCUUGUCCCUGACAUCCUUGGAGAGCUCUUUGGUCUUGGCCAUGUUGGAGAGUUUGGAAUCUGAUUGAUUGAUUGCUUCUGUGGACAGGUGUCUUUUAUACAGGUAACAAACUGAGAUUAGGAGCACUCCCUUUAAGAGUGUGCUCCUAAUCUCAGCUUGUUACCUGUAUAAAAGACACCUGCGAGCCAGAAAUCUUUAUGAUUGAGAGGGGGUCAAAUACUUAUUUCCCUCAUUAAAAUGCAAAUCAAUUUAUAACAUUUUUGACAUGCGUUUUUCUGGAUUUUUGUUGUUGUUAUUCUGUCUCUCACUGUUCAAAUAAACCUACCAUUAAAAUUAUAGACUGAUCAUGUCUUUGUCAGUGGGCAAACGUACAAAAUCAGCAGGGGAUCAAAUGCUUUUUUCCCUCACUGUAUACUGAGAUCAUGGGACAGAUCAUGUGACACUUAGAUUGCGCACAGGUGGACUUUAUUUAACUAAUUAUGAGACUUCUGAAGGUAAUUGGUUGCACCAGAUCUUAUUUAGGGGCUUCAUAGCAAAGGGGGUGAAUACAUAUGCACGCACCACUUUUGCGAUAUUAAUUUUGUAUUAUCUUUUGAAACGUUAUUUUUUUAAUUUCACUUCACCAAUUUGGACUAUUUUGUGUAUGUCCAUUACAUGAAAUCCAAAUAAAAAUCAAUUUAAAUUACAGGUUGUAAUGCAACAAAAUAGGAAAAACACCAAGGGGAAUUAAUAUUUUUGCAAGGCACUCUAUAUAGAACACAGGAAAAUCACAUUUUGAACUGCACUGGGCCUUUAAGCAUUGUAUUCAUGUGUAAUAUAUAGGAGUUAUGUUAAAGUAGAGCUUGGGUUUUAUUUUCUUUCUGUUGUGAAGAAUGUACAUUCUCAGUGACUGAUGGGGUUUUGAAAUGAACUUGCCUACAUAAUCUCAAUUAACACUUACUUCUGCCUCCCACCCUUAUCUACCGUGAAGCUACUUUCUGAGCUGUGUAAAGACUGAGGCCACUGCCAUCGACACCUCACGAUAGCUGUGGUUUAAGCAGCAUUGUGUGCUUUUAAUUUGUUUACUUACUAAUUCUUUGUUGUAACAUUGUUAAAACGUGAUAUCAUACCGGGCCAUGGAUGUGAAAGAUAUGCCUUGUUCCCUAGCUGCUGAAUCUAUUAAUACUUCCAUGAAGGCUUCUCAUCAUCUACUGUGGGAAUUAUCAUGCCAAAUACACUCCAGAAAGUGAGGGGGCCUGAAGGAGAGAAUUAAAGUGCAGCUGAAGAGUUAGACUGAUUCCCUGCUAGGCUGCAGUGCAAGCCUAGUGGAAAUCCCUGGCCAUCGCCUUCCUCAAACUCCUGUUUGGUUCUCUCACCCCUUUAUACAUUGCUGUACCAAGGGUAUAUACUUUUAGAUCAAAUCUGUCCAAUAUUGACCAAUAAAAACCCAAGGAUGAAGACCGCAAACUUGUGCAAGUUUAAUUUAUGUAAAAUGAGCUAAGAGCUCUGUCAAUGCAAGCCAUUCUUUUCAGUACUAAUUAGUAUACAAUAAAUCACACUUGGCUUGUUGGAAAGAGUGGCCUUGGUGAACUCUGGAACCCAUAAAAAGAAGGAUUCCAUCAGCAUUCAAAGCAUGAAGCUUGCGUUCAGUUAAGGAAGGUUGCCAGGUGUGGGUUAGUUGACCGUACCUUUUAUCCUGUACCAGGUUCCUUUCAAUAUUUUGUUGGCUGCCUGACCGCUUUUGCUUGGUGUGUUAUUGAUGGGAUAUUUGGUGUUCCUUCAUACAGUAUGUUCAAUGAGACCCUUUCCAGAACAUGUCUAAUACUCAGGGAGCCAAGUCCCCUUUUGUGUGUGGUCUUCAUCUAUGAUCUGUGUCUUCCUUUCUAAGCAAGAAGGAGAGGAUGCAGUCCAGUUUGCCAAUUGUGUGUUACAUGAAAACACUUGGAUAGGCUUGUUGAAAAGAGUGGCCUUUGUGACCUCUGGAACCCCUAAGAAUCAGCAUUCCAUCAACAUUCAAACCAUGAAGUUGGCAUUCCAGUAAGGAAGGUUGCCAGCAUUGGGCCUGCUGGCCGGGUGAGGGUGUGUUGCUUUAAUAAUGGUUGAUUGGGUUGAAUAAAUACUUUUUUUGUGGGGAUCUGAAUGGUUGAUGGGGUUGUGCUAACCCUUGGCUUACUGAACAAUAUUAUGUGCCCAGUUGUCCACUGCGGGCAGAGUGCCUACCUACUGUUAAUUCAUUUAUAGUGCUGUGGGCCAGUAGUGCAGUGUAAGUUGUGAGGGUUGAAAACCUUCCUUUUGAGGGUUAUAUAUUCUAUAUCUGACCAUGCACUCAGGUAUGUGUUGUUCAGCCAGGACUCCUUUCAGCCAGGGUAAACUAUUGCCAGUAAUUUUACUGAGUACCCAGCCUGCAUCCCAACAGUGAGGAACUGCCUCAGUAGCCUUUCAGGGGAAUUUCCCUUUUAGGUGGCAUUGUUUACACUGCUGAUGGACAGGGCAACAUAAUGCUCUGCCUGGCUUCAAAUAAAUGUAUUGACAAGGCUGGACAAAGCACACAAUGUGCAGAGGAGCAAUGGGAAGCAGUGUGCAAACCUGAAAGGUUGGUUGUGUAAACCAUGCCAUGGUUUAGCAACUCGCAGCAAGCAAUAUUGAGGGUCUUGGGCCUCUGCCCCCUUUCUGUGCUUUACUCUGAACUAUCUUUACUCUUUCAAUGCAGAUUCAGACUGAGGCUAGUUCAAGACCAAAAUAAUGGUUGCAACCCGCCUUGGAAGCAAAUGACAUGGUAAGGACAGUGGCGGGCAUACCAUUAGGCAGAAGAGGCAAUUGCCUCAGGCCUUGUAUCAAAGGGGUCUCGUGAGCUGGGCAUAAUAAGAAAUAAUACUAGUAAUAAUUUUAUUAUUUCUCAGCAGCAGCUAAAUCUGCAAGAAGCUUCAAAGUUGCAAAGGAAAUGGGGAGGGAGGGGGGUUUUGCCUGGGCGCUGUACCCAGGUUAAUGAGGCCACAUUGUUGACACAAAAGGCCUCCAAAAAAGUAAAUGAAUCCAUACAGCUGAAUAAUAAUUCAUAAUAGAUCAAUUAUUUAUUUCCUUACAUAUACAUAUAUUUCAUAUCAAUAUUAAUACAAUCCAAGUUUUUCUCAUAAUAGUAGAAACAAGUAAGCAAAAAUAAAGAUUAAAAAUGACCUAAUGCAUUUAGUAAAAAGACAGGUGCUGCUGAUAAUACUGCCAUCGUCAUUGGGGCAGAGGACAUGUAUAUGUAGCCCAUAUAUCCGAUGCUGUCUGGCCAAAAAGAGUAAGGCAUGUCAUACUCCUUUUGGCCAGACAGCAUCAGAUACAUGGGCUACAUAUAAAUUACAUAGAGAGACAGAGGGGUGCUGUUUCGCUCGCUCGGAUGCUUUUUCUGGUGAGAGAGUUUCAGCCACUUGCAAAUUGAAGUGGCUGUUGGGGUGCUGGAUUCAUGGGAUGCUAGAAUUAUUUUGGAUGAAUGUGUGAAGGUAACCUACUGUUUGAAGGAAUUUGUUUGACACAGAUGAAAACAUCAAGACAGUGUCAUUAAAAUGUAUUACAUUUUUACAGUUAAAUUAAGUAUUUACUAUAAAAUAAGGUCUGACCUGAUUUUUCAACAGCUCACCAUAAGUGGUGUGUAGUUUGUCCUGUUAUCAAGUAACAUAGUAAGCUGUGAGGUCAGUGAAAAGCUGAGUGUGGAGUCAGAAUUAUGAUCUUUCACAAUAUCAGUGUAUCACUAAAGAUGUGGCUGUUCUAGUGCAGAACUAUCAAUGUAGUGUCUGCUCAAAGAUCAUAGCAUAGUGUAAAACAUAUUUCUGUCUUGUCAAGUAUGGUGACAGAGUGGUGGGCACACUCCAAAUGGAGCAGGUCACGAAUAAAGGAUGGUGAGAUGGGGUCAAUCCAAUUAAAUCACACCACACUGCUCUUUUGUUUCCAUCAUUGAAAUGAGUCAACCAGUUAUGUUUUACAACAGCAGUGUCUGAGCUUGAUGGAGUAGUUAAUCAGAACUGUGCCUGGUCUUUUUCUUGUGUUCUUUGAACAUUUUGCCUAGAGCAAACUGUUGCCAGCCCACUGACAAUAACAGAUUGAACAUGAUACACAAUCUCUAUAUAAAUGAAUAGGCUACAUGUAUUUAAAAAAAAUAUAUGUAGUUUAUGUUCUAUUAUUUGUGAAGUAGCCUAAUAUCUGGUAUUUGACAGGCCAACAGCUUUCAGGCCCAACCAUUCAUAAUCAUUUCCCCCCAGUCUCAGACUAGUCACAGAGAUGUGGGCUAUAAUUAGAAGGUAUAACCUCUAGUUGGCUACACAACCAUGGACUGUAUAUAAAUGCUACUAGCCUAUAUUUUUCGGAGUUUGGAUGUUUUGAGGUCUGGAUUAGGCGCCUGUGGUUUUUCAUAGUAAGAGGUAGGUUUAUUUGUAAAAUUAAAUAGAAAUACCGGGGGGAAAAAAACUGAGCACCGUGGGCGGAGCUCCGGAGUUCAUGACACAACAUUGACAACAAGAUCUGGUCGCGCGGGGCAGGACGAACUGUUCUGGCGCAGGCAGCACAUGCACCGUUCCAGGUUUAAAUCGGUUAAGAACCUAGUCCAAUUACCAUGAAGAGAUAUACAAAUCCUUUCCUGCCUGCUCUGCCAUUUCUCAGCAGACAUGGGACAUAGCUCCUUCUCAAGGAUAUAGAAUCAAGACGGCAAACAACACCCGCCAUCAACAAAAAGCGGGCAAGUUAGAAGAGCCGAAAUAAAUGAUCAGGAUUAAUUAAUUAUACGACCGACUUCUUCAGGGCAGGUUAUAGAGACCUAUACACUACACCACCGUAUCAGUAAACUGUUUGUAGCUAACACACGUACAACAUUUUACCAAGAGUUCUUCCUGCAGACUAUUUCUGGAAUUCGAUCGUAAUCAUGGAAACGUACACUGACGUUCUACUUGUCACCGCAAAUGUUGGCUCAUUAUUCGACAAUGUAAGUAUUAACUCCAUUUUUCACCUAACUAUAUCCUGUUUUAAGUAACUUUGAAUGGUGAAUCAAAUUUUCCAAGUAGAACAGCGAUAUUCCUAUGUAAGCAGUUGCUACACCUGCCAGAGAACACCAGAACCGUUACAAGACCAAAUUCUACUACCUAUAACAUUGUAGCUAACGACAUUCGAAUGGAGACAAGUUCAACUCGCACAGGCUGGCAUCGGGCAAUCCAAUCCAAUAUUUAAUUUGAUUAUUAUAGGCCCUAUAAAAUAAGGUAUUUUUCAACAUUAAGCUACUUCCUUAGACAAUUACAUUUAAUCAUGACAACCAUGAUUUCUGUAGUCUAAAUGCUUUCUUCUCAAUCGAUAUGUGGACCAUAACUUUGAAGUCACUUGUUUAAUGUUAUUGUUGCUUCUGACGACACAUUGUUUUCACUUCGAUGGGCCUAUACAACUGCAAGUCCUCUGUCUAUAGUUAUCCUCUACCGUAUUUAUCGUGAGCUGUUGCGGCAUGAUUAUUGAGGCGCGUGCGUGUUCUCACAGCAUAUUGACAGAUUCGCGGAGAGAAACUACCUAUCAAGCAACAACGGGUCCCAGUUCAAAUCAAACAGGAAAUUGAUGGCGUGCAACAAGGACACGUUUAAAGUUAUUGCCGCGAAAGUGCAGUUCGCAACUUUUUAUUAUUCACCAAGCUCCCGCUCUGCUACUGCACAAACAAGUGAUUUAAUAUAAUUUGUAGCCUAGGCUACAUUGUUGGCAAUUAGAUUUGUAUGCCUAUAGCCUAUAUUGUUUCAAUACUGUUGGCCUAACACCUGUUAUUAGUUAUUACAGUGUAACAACAUAUCAAAACAAUGCUGGUACCACAGUAGGCCUACAGUGUUAGUUACUGCAUAAGUAUUUUACACAUGAUGACUGAAAUAAGCUAUGAUCAUGGUCAGCAUGGAAUUGCCCAUACUUGGGUGUAAUUUUAAAUAGCCUAAUUUUGCUGCACAAUAACAACUCACAUUAUGCUGAGUAGCCUAAAGCAGGUUUUCCCAAACUCAGUCCUGGGGCUGACCCGCUUGCUUACAUGGUCGGACAGCAUUCCUGUGUAGAUUAAAACACAGCGGAGCCAGCGCAAGAUAUGGCUUGGAAAACAUACCUCAAUCCAUGGAUCAGAAAUGCGUUGUACUCAGAAUUGUCCCAUUAUUCCAAUUGAAGAUUGAAUGACUGCUAGUUUUUCCAGAAAACUGUCCCAUGCUAGGUAGCAGAAGCCACAGCAGGCAUUUGGAACGCAUUUCUCAUCCCUUGAUUAAGGUAUGUUUUCCGAGCUACAUCUCCCGCCGGCUCCAUGGUGUGUUAAUCUACACAGGAAUGCUGUCCGACCCUAGUGCAGCUGUAAGCAAGCUGGUCGGAUCUGCUGGCUACGUAAAGCAAUUACCUCAUGGCCCUAGACAACAUUGUGCAUUUACUUAUUUCAUUUCAUUCUGAGGAAGGCCGUGACAAAGGCUGUGAGGCUGAAACGUUUGCACAAAAUAAACAAGUCAGCUUCUUUUCUUUUAAUUAAUUGUAAUUUUCCAUUAAAUCUGGUAAAAUAUUUCAAGAGGCUAGUGUUGGGAACACUAACUGCCAGUGGGGGCUACGCUGAAUCUUAUGGUGGGUAAUGAUCUAGAGUUAGGCUACUAAGCUGGAAGAUUUUUUUCUCCACAUACUCUGCUCCUAGGCACCAUGAACCCUUGUUCACACUUACCUGUAAUAUAUAGCUUUACCUGUACCUAUCUUUAUGAUCUUUAACAUCUCCGAUACCUUCCCAACUGGCACACUGAUAAUGAUAGGCUACCAGAAACCCCACUGCCACAACCUUAUUAGUCACAUGAUGUGUAUUGUGAGUUGAGAUCAUGGAGACAGUUGCCUUGAUGAUUUAGUAAUUUGUAUAUGUGGUAAUAACAGGAUGAAAUCAAUAACAUAUGAGUAGACCUACCUUAAGUGGUUGUGAUAUGAUGAAAAAUGCAAACACCAGUGCAUUGGUCUUUAGUUUUGUGCUGUGGUGUCUGGGAAAUCGGGGCUUGGUUGUCAUUGUGACUGAGGGGGAGGGGGGAUACACUCAUGGAAAUUUGGCUCAGGACCAUGUUUCCGGUUUCCCUAUCUGGCCCAGUUGAAAACAUGUCAGAUCCCAUUGUGGGUUCAAGACAUCUGUAAACAGAUGAUUAUCUUCCCAGGGUGUUCUUCAUACUUUUCUUCUUAUAUGGCUGCCUAAUACGUUUAAACAAACCCUUCCAAACAUGGAGAAAAGGUUAUGCUUUCAGCUGGCCUCACAUUUUAGGGCCUUUAGUCUCGCCAGAGACUAGUAGUCUUGUAGGCAUAUUUACAUGAGAAACAUGGAAAUCCAGGUUUGCUAUUAUAGGGCUAUACUUCUAGAUCAAUGCACAAAAAGGUCACCAGGAGAGAACAGUGCAAAUCAUCUCUAGGUUUAGAAUUGUUAGGCCUAAUUUUCGUUAGAGGGCAUGAUGGAACAGAGAGUGAUGGUGGUACAGGACAUGUACAGCCUUAUUCUAAAAUUGAUUAAAUAAAAAAUGUUACUCAUCAAUCAGGGGAGAAGGGCCUUGGUCACUCUGACAGAGCUCCAGAGGUCCUCUGUGGAGAUGGGAGAACUUCCUGAAGGACAACCAUCUCUGCAGCACUCCACCAAUCAGGCCUUUAUGGUAGAGUGGCCAGACGGAAGCCACUCCUCAGUAAAAGGCACAUGACAGCCCACUUGGAAUUUGCCAAAAUGCACCUAAAGACUCUCAGACCAUGAGAAACAAGAUUGAACUCUUUGGCCUGAAUGCCAAUGUCUGGAGGAAACCUGGCACCAUCCCUACGGUGGUGGUGGCAGCAUUAUGCUGUGGGGGAGUUUUCAGCGGCAGGGACUGGGAGACUAGUCAGGAUCGAGGGAAAGAUGAACGGAGCAAAGUACAGAGCGAUCCUUGAUGAAAACCUGCUCCAGUGCUCUCAGGACCUCAGACUGGGGCGAAUGGUCACCUUCCAACAGGACAACGACCCUAACCACACAGCCAAGACAACGCAGGAGUCGCUUCGGGACAAGUCUUUGAAUGUCCUUGAGUGGCCCAGCCAGAGCCCGGACUUGAACCCGAUUGAACAUCUCUGGAGAGACCUGAAAAUAGCUGUGCAGCGACGCUCCCCAUCCAUCCAACCUGACAGAGCAUGAGAGGAUCUGCAGAGAAGAAUGGGAGAAACUCCCCAAAUACCGGUGUGCCAAGCUUGUAGCGUCAUACCCAAGAAGACUCGAGGCUGUAAUCGCUGCCAAAGGUGCUUCAACAAAGUACUGAGAAAAGGGUCUGAAUACUUAUGUGAAUGUGAUAUUUCUGUUUUUUAUUAAGACAUUUGCAAAAAAAUCUAAAAACCUGUUUUUGCUUUGUCAUUAUGGGGUAUUGUGUGUAGAUUGAUGAGGGAAUAAGGCUGUAACGUAACAAAAUGUGGAAAAAGUCAAGGGGUCUGAAUACUUUCCUUUCCGGAUGCGCUGUAUGAUAUGUUUCAGUCUCAGUUCCAGGCUUCUGGUAUUAAACAUGCCUGAUCUUAUUACCUCUGUCAACAAACAUCACCUGUGGCACAGUAUAAAGGUAAGGUCCAAGCUGUUACAGGAUUUGGUUUUUACAUUUAUGUUUUGAGGUUGGACUUUGGCACGUAUAGCUCGUUAGCACGUAGGGCGCAUCGAUUGGUGUCACCUCGUUAGUCAGUAUGUGUUAUACCUGUGCUGGUUGCCAUCUCGUUAGUGGGAAGAUGUUUCACCUGUGCUGGCCCAGGUGCUAUUUAAGAGUGGCUGGCCCAGUGCUCCAGUUGUCUUGAGAGAUGUGGAGGGUCAACACCUUUAGUUGGCUCUCCCUAUUUGAGUUCUAGAAAAACAUACAUUUUGCACCACCUUUUUGCUUUGCUUCCUGUCUUUAAGUUUGGUGUGGGUUUUUCUUUUUGUCUGCCUCUUCUUGGGCAAAUUUAGUGGGCGGUCAUGGUGGGUGUCUUUUAGCUUCUAGUUGUUGUUGCUAGUCAACUUUCAGUGGACACCUCCAUGAGUGUCUUUCAGAACCCCUCCUAAAGCCCCUGCCUUUUCGUUUUGGUUGUUGGUCAGUGACUCUUUGUUAGUUCCCCUUUAUGUUUGAGCUACAUUUUUGGUUUUCUUGCUGGGGAACGUAACAAUAGCAUGGAAAUAAUAUAAUUACCAUUAACAGUCAUCAAUGUUAGAUCGACAUUUAUCUUGGCGUUCUCUACCCUUUAAAGAGCAUUGUGUAAAUUCAUUUGGGUUACCAUGGUGUUUGGAUCAGCAUAAGGAAACAGCAGGUUACCAUGUUUAAAAACCUUUGCAAAUAAAAUGGCGUCUCAGCAUCUGUUUAAGGGCUAAUCAUGCUGUUUUUAUGGAUGAGGUUUGUUGGGCAAAGACGGUACAGGACACAUGCAGUUGGGCUUCUUCAGUCAGACACCUGUAUUAUGGAUGAGCUGCUCUCCCGUCAGGCCACAGUGCCUGGGCAGACAGGCAUUGGUGGGCAGCAGCAUUCAUUGGGCCAUGCAAAUGCACUAUGCAAAGCCACUGCUGUGCUGCUACUCCUCUGGCAGAUUGUCCUGCAUCCGGCUGGCCCUGGAGAAGACAGCACAGUCUGUAUUCUGGCCUGGCACUGGAGGAAACACGAACACACACAAUACUCUGGAUACUCAGUAGCUCACAGAGGUUCCCUGGAAAUCUUUCGUUGAAGAACAGAUAUUAAACAAAAUGGAAGGACACAUUACUAUGUUAAUUCAAUCUCACAUUGAUACGGUGUAUACAUCAACAGGCAGGCUUGCUAAUAAUGUUAAAGAUUAUUCUGAUUCUUUAUGCCACUUAAAUAACAGAGGUUCCAGAGAUAGGGAUUCCAGGGAUGGGUGUUGUCUGAAUUGCAAAUGUAAUAAACAUAUUACAACCAUUCCAGAGGGACGUUUGUGUUUUGCUUAGGUAAAGUGUUUAAACAUAUAAUUUUACCUGUUGUUGUGUGGGUGUUUAUCUGCGUAAACCUUACUGUAUGUCCUACCAAAACAUUUGACAAGACUGUCAUGUUGUGCUUAUCUGCCUGCCUCAUGCAUGUUUUAUAUCUUCCACUGUCAAGUGCUAAUAUAUAAUUAAACAUGGCCUUUGGUCAGUGUAUGGGAAAGGUGCCUGCAGGGUUGAUUGGACACCCUAGGAUCUCAUUUAAGCCUUUCUGUUUAUGCCCUUUGUUUUGAAUGUCUCAACUGUAGGUGGUAGAAACCAUGUGUGAAUUGAAACGUUUUUUUUCAACCCACAGGUGGGUGAGAUUGAGAGUGACUGGCUUCGAGAAUUCUUUGGGGUGAGUUUGGGAUCCCUCUCAGGUGUCCACUAUAGAUAGAAUGGAUCCUCAAAUUAGUUUUUUCCCCCUGCGACUCUUCCUUACUGUUACUCCAUUUCAGCUUUUUACUGUUGAAAUGUAAACACCUUAAGCCAUCCUCUCAUGUUGAGACUGAACCAUGAACCCUCCUGGAUGGUGGACUUAUAAAUCGAUUAGAUAUUGUCUCCAUUCCCAAAGAGGUGAAGAAGACACUUUCCACUAUUUAGCCAACACAUUAUGCAUAGUAAAAUGACAAAGUUGUAUGUCAUCUUAAGAAAUAACAUUUAAUUACCAGAAUUCAGUAGGUUGCCCCACAUUUUACCACCAUUAUGGCACAUGAUUGUGGUAGAUUAACGGCCUGCCUGAUGUCUCUGUCUUGUCACAGACUGUCCAGAGUCACAAACCACGCUUCAUCGCCCUGCACUUCCAGGAGGUUGGAGGCAAGGACUACAUGAUCAAUAUGGGCCAUGCAGAGAACUUCUUCUGGUAAGACAUCACUGUGCCAAACUCUCUAUGGGACACUUUCAAAAGUAUCCACAAAUGCUGCCCAGACUCCUUAGUUUUAUGACCAACAGAUACAGUAUAACUUCAUGAUUCAUCAUGGUUUUUAACUGUGAAAAAAUGGGUCAUGAAAUCUGUGUCAAGGACUGUAUAAUGUUAUCAUAACCUCGGGACAUCAACUGCCAUUACCUAUAUAAGAGAGUAUCCAAAUAUAAGUGUACAGUGUUAGAGACAGUUUUUGAGUUGUUCAGCUUAUCCUCUUCUGGUCUUUAGGAACAUUGAGUCCAGUGAGGAGAUGAGGGACUUUGACAGGGUCUGCAUCUAUGUGGACAACCACUUUAAGAACGUGGACAGCUUCACGGUGAGUACUACAGGACUGCACUGAUCAACUGACUGAAGUUUAACUGAAAUAAUCUCUCUAUAACAACCAUAUCUGGUCUGUAGGUUACACUAGCUCAGUUGAUAAUAUCGAUAUAAUGCCCAAUAGUGGAGCUUGAUGGACAGGAGGCUUAGGUAAAACAAUAAAAUGUUGUAGAAGCCCUUACAAGAGUUACCAUUGGUGUCUUUGCCUUUAGAAGAGCUAGUAUCUCCUACAGCAGUGGUUCCCAACAUUUUUUGCAUAGGCGACCCCUUUUGUGAUAGCAAAUUCAUCAAGGACCCCUCAUAAUAUCAGAACACAACUCCUACUUUAGAGUGCGAUAAAAAUAGCAUUUCCUGCAGUUUUACUAUGACUUCCGCAGUGCAUGGUUGGACUAAUCAAGUCUCGGGCCCUAGGAAAUAACAUAUUAAAGCCCCCCACUUGGCAUCAGAUAUUUUUGUAUUAAUAUUUUGAGAUCUGGCCGUGGACCCUGCAGUACCUCUGCGGACCCCACUUUGUUCAGACAGCAGUGUGUCUCUGUGACCACAAGGUGGGGCCCUGCUCCACAGUACAGCGCCAAUGAGGGCCAGGGCUUCUCAUCAAUGCUCAGUUGGGUAUUUUUAGACUGAGAAACAGGAAUUCUUUGGUAAAUAUUGCAUAAUAGAACAUUACAAAUACAUGGCACUGUACAUACACAUGAUACAUUUACAUGUUCUGCUCUCCAAUACAAAAUGCUAUGUUCAGGAUGACAUCCAUUCUGUACAGGUUAUGGUCGAUAAUGCUUUUUUGUUUUAUUUUAAUAAUAUGACAUUUAAGUAUACCUAAUACACUGUGUUUAACAUGACCAAAGGGUGAGGCUUUAAAUUAUUGUUUCAUCUCAAAGACAGGGUAGCAAACAAUUUGACCUGAAAAAGUGCAUGUAUCCAUGUUGUGACACGCUUUUCUCAAUAGUACAGUAUAAUAAGAGGACCAAACUUCAACAUUUUAGUCAUUUAGCAGAUGCUCUUAUCCAGAGCGACUUAGUUAGUGAGUGCAUACAUUUUUCAUACUGGCCCCCCGUGGGAAACGAACCCACAACCCUGGCGUUGCAAGCACCAUGCUCUACCAACUGAGCUACACUGGUCUUAUAUCCUCAUCUAUCCUCUGGCCCCCCAACUCUCUCUUUAUGUAACUACAAUAUAUACGUCUGUGUGUCUGUGCAGCACUAAACUGUCAUUAUAGAGUUGUCAGGAGGCUGUCUGGGUCAUGGACACUGUCUCAAUCUCCACACCUGUCAUUCCAGCUCCGAGACCAGCUCCAUCUUCAGCCUCCUCUCUAAUGGCCUCUGUACCUGAAAUAAGGACUAUUUGCCAGUGUUGCUUGUUAUGAGCCACCUUAGUUCUAAAUGAGCCAUGUCAUAUCAGAGCCUGGUUCAUAAAUGGGCUGGUCAACACAACACAUAGGCCUAGUUGUUGCUUAAAUCCAAUCUUGGGAGGGUCCAUCCCCAUCAUGUGCAGAGUGGCACAGGAUUAACCCUAACCCCACCCAAGCUAGACCCCAACACUGGAGCCCUGACAGUGGGGGUCAAUGGAUCUGUCUACACUUGGAGGUGUGUGAAGUGGAGGGGAACGUCAACGUCCAGGUGUGGGGAGACAGGCCAAAGUCAAUAAAUGUAACUCUAGAUUAAAACUAUUGAUCACAGCCCAUUUGUAAACAAUAAAUAAGGGCUGAGGGGAGUGGCGGACAUCUGGGACUAUGUUUCCCCUGUGCUUGGGUGUUUGUGCCCCCCCGCCCCCCCGCCGCCCUACUAGGGCUGCAGCCCCCAAUGCCACAUUCUCAUUUCGCCUGUGCCACCCGCAUUGAUUUUCAAUUUGUUUCCCCUCGGCUGUGGAUCAUCAACUCCCUGACCAGAAAAGGUUGGUGGGGGAGGGGUGGUUUCUGUGUUCAGAGGGGUUGUGAGGAGGGGGGCAGGCAUGCACGCAUUCCCUGUAUAAAUGGUGUUUUGAUAAAAAAUCACUUGUAAGUCAAUAGUUUUUUAUUAAACUGUGCACAAACCUGAUUGAUGAAGAUGGGUCCUUGGCAGAGUAUGUGGAGGAGAACCUUUCUGUGUGUGUAUGUGUUUAAAAAAAAAAAGACAGCAGACUUCUAGAGUCAUAAAAUAGUUUUACGGUUUUAAGAAUGUCCCCCAAAUUUUUUAUUGCUAUUGAUAACGUCACUAUAUAGACAUUAGACAAUGUUUAUUAGUCGGUAAACACUCAAACCUGCCACCAUGUUUUCUUCCAAACUGAGCUAAUGCUUAAGCAAAAUCCCAUUUGAAUUGAUUUAAUAAAUGCUAUAACUCAGGUUAGGGAUUCAGCUGAAGUCAGCCGAUGUUCGAUCUAACUUGCGAAACCGUCAGUUUAGACCGUGUCUCCUCUAACCCCCCUCCCCUCCUCCCCCAACUUGGACAGGUCCGUCCCUAAUCGCUGGUCACCCUGGCUGGUCGUAAUAGGGACAGCUCCGUCCCAUUAAAUGAGGAUCGCUCUGGCAGUGAAGAUGAAUGGUCUCCUCAGGGAGCGAUCUCUCAUGCCUGGGCAGAAGGGGAGGGGGGAUAGAGCAGGCCGUCACGCCGGAGACCCUCUGGGUGCUGCCAGAUUUUUCUUCGGCCCGCAGCCGGCAUGGCAGCAGACGGCAGCCCUAAUGUUUAAUACCUUUUCAAUUGUUUUAAUUUUCUGUCUUUAUUGAUCUCAGAAGGCAUGAUUAAUCAGAGAAGGCAGUUAGUACAUUAAAAAUGGUCACAUCAUGAUUGGGUGCUAAAGUGUGUGUGUGGUGUGUGCACGUUUGAUAGUGUAUUGUGUACAUGUUAUUGCAGUAAAGCUAUGUGUUUCUGUGGAGAAGAGUGAGUUGAGCAUAAUAUAAUUGCUUGAAAGAGGGAAGGAUUGAGAGACUGGGUGGGUGUGUGGUUGUGUGUGUGAAAGGAGGCUAGAACUACUGAAGAUUGGGAUGGUUAAUGAUGAUAAUGAUGUAAAUACUAUGGAAUCAGAUCAUGUUGGAUGAUACUCAUUGAUGAAUCAGACGUUAAGUUGUUUCUUUAAGUCAUUAUGACCGUAGGUUUCCAGUGAAGCCUGAGUGCUGUAUCGGACCAGGGUGACCUAGCAUGUCUCUUGAGCAUGUUGAAGUUGAUAAAGCUGUUUCGCAAGAAAUUAUGAUGUUGAUAUUUUGCACCGAACCAAACUUUAAGGGAAGUCUGUGGAAGGUAUUUCUGGAAGAAUGCAAUAUUGGAACAUGAUAGAGCUUGAUAAUGUCUCUAUACUUCAUCAUCACUGCAGCAAACUGACAUUCUCAGCAAUUGUUUAAAGGAGCUUGUAUUGUAUUCUUUGUCCUUACAGGCCCUCGGAAGCAUGUACUUCAUCCACAAGUCAUUGAAAAACAUCUACCAAUAUGAUUUUAAUGGUAAGAACAUUACAAUCAUAUCUAUAUGACAUCAUUAUUGACUUUGAAUAACAAAAGAUUAAUGACAUUUUGUUAUCGCUUUAUGAUAGAUCACUUCCAUUCAGGCCCUGCACGUGGCGAUAAUUUCAGAACGUGUAUCAGUCCUGGUGUGCGAACUUGGCCCUUUGUGAUAGAUCAUUAUUAUAAUAUAUUUAGAGUUUGGCACAAAACCGUUUAGGAGGUAAGAGCAAUUUUGUAAGUCAGUCUGGAGAUUCAUGUCUGUGUAUUUUGAUACAAAGUAUCUAAUAAGUCGGAUCAUCUUUUGAACACUGCAGUGUGAUGGCCACCUCUUUUGGCUAGACAUAUCAGGGAAUCUGAAUUGAAAGUGGGAUGUGUUAUUUUCUUGUUGCAUAGUCCAGUCACGUUAGGCAUGAAAAAGCUCUUCAGAAAAGGCUUAUGGAAGAGUCAUAAACAUCCCAGGCCUGCGAUGUUCUGUGUCACCAGUCAGAUUGGUGCACUGCCACCAAACACUGCCUAAUGGCCUUAUUAUAGAUCCUCUGAUCACGUAUGCUGCUGUGAUGAGCUUAACAUCACUUUAUUGAUUAGUGUUUGCAUGUUUUCUCACUAUUUUACCCUUCCACGCCUCUCUCCCCCUCACAGUUAAGGCUUUUAAAGCAGUGUCUGGACAGAACAAGUAUGUGGGCUCCCUGGAUGGAGCAACCACAGUGGAGAAAGAAAAAUUCCCGAAGAAUUUCUGGCCCGAUGUGAGUGUGUGGUGUGGUGUUGGGGGGGAGGGGGAUGGGGUGUUGGAACAAAUAUGUGUAUAGGGGGCUAAAGGGGGAGUCUAUCUGACAGGGAUAUGAGACACAUUGUAUGGAAUAAUUAAUAAUUACCAGCAUGGCCCUCCAAUUAGUUAGCUAAAUGGUGGUAUUUGGUGAACAUUUAACAUACAAAACAUUCAUCUGUAUAACUUUUUGUUUGUGAUGUGUUUUGCAGUUCAAAUGGUCUAGGAAGGGCUUCAUGAGGACCCGGUGGAUCAUUCACAACCAGUACGUACUCUAGUUCAGUGGUUCCCAAACUGUGGGUCGGGAUCCAUUUGUGGGUCGCGGCAGGGGUCCAGGUGGAUCGCUUGUUGACCUUUUUUUGUGCAUAGAAUUUAUUUAUUAUUGAUUUUUUACAUAGAUUUUCGGAAUGGAAAAAUUCUUGCAGUGUAAACUUAAACGACUAAAACCAAAUAGAAAGUACGUAGAAAAGAGAAUGGUUUUAGACAUUUUUGCAAAUGUAUUAAAAAUAAAGAACAGAAAUAACCGAUUUACAUAAGUCCUCUGUAGCUCAAUUGGUAGAGCGUGGCGCUUGUAACGCCAGGGUAGUGGGUUCGAUCCCCGGGACCACCCAUACGUAAAAAUGUGUGGACGCAUGACUGUAAGUCGCUUUGGAUAAAAGCGUCUGCUAGAUGGCAUAUUAUUAUUAUUAUUCAGACCCAUUGCUAUGAGACUCGAAAUUGAGCUCAGGUGCAUCCUGUUUCCAUUGACCAUCCUUGAGAUGUUUCUACAACUUGAUUGGAGUCCACCUGUGGUAAAUUCAAUUGAUUGGACAUGAUUUGGAAAGGCACACACCUGUCUAUAUAAGGUCCCACAGUUGACAGUGCAUGUCAGAGCAAAAACCAAGCCAUGAGGUCGAAGGAAUUGUCAGUAGAGCUCCGAGACAGGAUUGCGUCAAGCCACAGAUCUGGGGAAGGGUACCAAAAAAUUUCUGCAGCGUUGAAGGUCCCCAAGAACACAGUGGCCUCCAUCAUUCUUAAAUUGAAGAAGUUUAGAACCACCAAGACUCUUCCUAGACCUGGCCGCCUGGCCAAACUGAGCAAUCGGGGGAGAAGAGACUAGUCAGGAUCGAGGGAAGGAUGAACGGAGCAAAGUACAGAGAGAUCUUUGAUGGACCUCAGACUGGGGCGAAGGUUCACCUUCGAACAGGACAACAACCCUAAGCACACAGCCAAGACAACGCAGAAGUGGCUUUGGGACAAGUCUCUGAAUGUCCUUGAGUGGCCCAGCCAGAGCCCGGACUUGAUCCUGAUCGAACAUCUCUGGAGAGACCUGAAAAUAGCUGUGCAACGACGCUCCCCAUCCAACCUGACAGUACUUGAGAGGAUCUGCAGAGAAGAAUGGGAGAAACUCCCCAAAUACAGGUGUGCCAAGCUUGUAGCAUCAUACCCAAGAAGACUCGAGGCUGUAAUCGCUGCCAAAGGUGCUUCAACAAAGUACUGAGUAAAGGGUCUGAAUACUUAUUUAAAUGUGAUAUUUCAGUUUUUUAUUUGUUAACAUUUUCUAAGAACCUGUUUUUGCUUUGUCAUUAUGGGGUAUUGUGUGUAAAUUGAUGAGGGAAAAAAAAACAAUUUAAUCAAUUUUAGAAUAAGGCUGUAGCGUAGCAAAGUGGAAAAAGUCAAGAGGUCUGAAUACUUUCUGAAUGCACUGUAUUUCAAAAUAAUAGCCUAGAGUCUUUGAGAACUUACAAUCAACAAAAUAAAAGCUAGACAAUCAGGCCCCCAUUGAUUUAAUGUUUAAGCGUAAGAACACAGCAUUAGCCAUGGCAAAAUAUGUAGAAUUGCAGGAAAGUAGCUUUAAAACGACACAAUUUUCUCCUCAGCCAAUAUUAUAUUCUUUACUUAUUUUUUUGUCUGUAUGUUUUUUCACCACUCAACCCUUAUGGUGGGUCGCGACUUAAAAGACACCUCAAUUGAUGGGUCACGAAGCAAAACGUUUGGAAGGCUCUAGUCUACUGACCUACUGCUAUACUCUUCUCUACUCUACGUACUAUACUGUCUGCUGUCACAGCUCAUCAAUAGACAGCUUUCAUCCCGUUACUCAAUACUGCUGCAGUAGUUAAAGCUGAAGCUCAGCAAACACCCUCUGUUUCCUCUACACAAUAGUUACUGCUUGCUCUCCUGUGUCACUACCAUCGGUUCUUAGACAAAAGGAGUCCAUGGGCAGAGUGCUACAAGGUCACCCUGUGAGUCAACACAGCCCGUCUGUUGGAUGCACAUUAAUUGUUUUCAGGUGGCAGCAGCAGAAAAGGAGUGAAUGCUCGGCACAGAAGACAAAUGUGUUUGUUUGUGGACUAGCAUUACCUCAAGUGCACUCACUAAUUAGUAAACUCUUCAUAACUGACAGCACACACAGACAAACAAAUAUCUUCCCAAUGCUUCCUUUUUUCAUAGAUAUGUCUGCCACUUCUCAUUUUGUGUGUGUGUGUGGUCUCUGCAGGGGUCUGGACCUAGUCAACGUACACCUUUUCCAUGAUGCAUCCAACCUCAUUGCCUGUAAUGCCAGUCCCUCCAUUUACUCAGCCAACCGCCAGAAGGCCCUCAGAUAUGUCAUCAACAGGUUAGCCUGCCCAUUCUCAGCUUUGGAGAACAACUCAAAUGCAACCACUUGAGAGAUAUACUGUAAGGCUUUUGCACUGAGCCCAUUUGGGAAUCUAGAUAAAAAAUAGUUGUCUGCAAGAUGGUUUGCAAGUGCAUGUAAAUCUGUGUUUACGAUCAUUUUAGAGUAGAGGACUCAAUUUGUUAGCUAAAACAUUUGACUCAUGCCGCUGUCAUUUCCUUCCAGGAUAUCAGCGAGCAGCUACACUCCACUCCCCUUCUUCCUGUUUGGGGAUUUCAACUUCCGCUUGGACACCCUUAGCCUGGUCCAGGUAUUACAUGACCCACUUCCUCAAGAAUUUCAUCAGAAUCAGAAGAUCAGGAAACCUUACUAAUGGUCAGCUGACUGUUGACUUUUUGUUGACCUAACUUUGUGUGGUGUGUUUGUUUGUGUUCUAGAACUUGUCCACUUCAGCAGAGGUGCAGACAGUGAAGAAGGACAGCAGUAACGAGGUGGAGAAAAUCAUCUGUGAGGAAAAGGACAAUGACCACAAGGUGAGCCUCCCCAUCCAUCCACGUCUUCCAUCCUACUGUCUCCCUGUUGUUAUUCAGAUUCAGACGUUUACUAUAUCCCCUCUUCCUUCAUCUCAAGAUUCUUCUCCAUAUUGAGACCAAGAUGUUUGCCUACCUGCACCAGGCAGUGUUCAGAGAGGACAAUGGCAGAGCGGUGAGAACAUUUUCUGCUGUACACAUCCACUAAUUUACACCCCACCCAUAUUAAUCUCAUGGGCUACCGCUCGCUGCCAUGACAAUAAUCAUCACUAAGCUAAGGACCCUGGGACUGAACACCUCCGUCUGCAAUUGGAUGCUGUACUUCCUGACGGGAUGCCCCCAGGUCGUGAGGGUGGGCAACAACACAUCCGCCACACUGACCCUCAACACGGGGGCCCCUCAGGGGUGCAUGCUUAGUCCCCUCCUGUACUCCAUGUUCACCCACGACUGCGUGGCCGCGCACAACUCCAUCACCAUCAUUAAGUUUGCCGACGACACGACGGUGGUAGGCCUGAUCACCGAUGACGAUGAGACAGCCUAUAGGGAGGAGGUCAGAGACCUGGCAGUGUAGUGCCAGGACAACAACCUUUCCCUCAGUGUCAGCAAGACAAAGGAGCUGAUCGUGGACUAACUUGUUUUGUCUCAUCGCAUAGCUGCUGCUACUGUUUACUAUCUGUCACUUUAUUCCUAGUUACUGUAUAUGUAAUUUACAUGUAUACUUCAAUUACAUCGUAACCCUGCACAUCGACUCGCCACUGGUACCCUGUGUAUAUAGCCAUGUUAUCAUUACUCAUUGUGUAUCUAUUAUUACAUGUUUUAUUUUUCUGUUAUUUCUCCGUUUUCUUUCUCCCUGCAUUGUUGGGAAGGGCCCGUUAGUCUACGCCUGUUGUUUACGAAGCAUGUGACGAGUAACAUUUGAUUUGAUUACUGCCUUGGCUACCAGUUAUAAACAGAAAACAACCACAGAAGAUACUUCAUUCAAUUAAUUAAUUAAAUUAAAUCCACAGAGAUAGUUAUUCUAGGUGAAAUUGAAUAUUCACAUUAUGCAGAUGUUUAUGGUUUGCAGAUUACACGUUUUGGAUCCUCCAGUAAUUGUUAAUCCUUCUAUAUCCCUCAGAUUUUGAAGUAUGACAAGGAGACUGCAGCCUUUCAAGAUGUCAUUGCAGAGGAAGACAUCCUGUUUCCACCCAGGUAAGCCUCAUCCCCGACAGCCCUGUCACUAUUACUGUCACUAUUACUACUGCCUGAAGAUGUUACUGUGUACUCUAACUGCCAUGCUGUCGGUCUGUCUGUCUGUCAGUUACCCCUACAGUGAGGACUACAGUAAACCCACCCAGUACAUGAACACUCGCUGCCCCUCUUGGUGCGACCGUAUCCUCAUGUCUCACACUGCCCAAGACAUCAUCCACAGGGUGAGUCACCUGGCAACACUCUGCCAUCCACACUUACUGACUACGUGAUUAAUUUAUUAAUUUACCAUGGAGGCACGUUCUACAGGCCUAUUAAACAGUUAUGUGUUUCAUUUCAGAGGGAUGAGGGAGAGAGAGGUGUGGUUUACAACACUCUGGGCCCUAAUGUCUGCAUGGGAGACCACAAGGUAACCUUUUUAUCUACACUACCGGUCAAAAGUUUUAGAACACCUACUCAUUCAAGGGUUUUUCUUUAUUUUGACUAUUUUCUACAUUGUAGAAUAAUAGUGAAGACAUCAAAACUAUGCAAUAACACAUAUGGAAUCAUGUAGUAACCAAAAAAGUGUUAAACUAAUCAAAAUAUAUUUGAGAUUCUUCAAAUAGCCACCCUUUGCCUUGAUGACAACUUUGCACAUUCUUGGCAUUCUCUCAACCAGCUUCACCUGGAAUGCUUUUCCAACAGUCUUGAAGGAGUUCCCACAUAUGCUGAGCACUUGUUGGCUGGUUUUCCUACACUCUGCAGUCCGACUCAUCCCAGACCAUCUCAAUUUGGUUGAGGUCGGGGGAUUGUGGAUGCCAGGUAUCUGAUGCAGCACUCCAUCACUCUCCUUCUUGGUAAAAUAGCCUUUACACAGCCUGGAGGUGUGUUGGGUCAUUGUCCUGUUGAAAAACAAAUGAUAGUCCCACUAAGCCCAAACCAGAUGGGAUGGCGUAUCGCUGCAGAAUGCUGUGGUAGCCAUGUUGGUUAAGUGUGCCUUGAAUUCUAAAUAAAUCAUAUACAGUGUCACCAGCAAAGCAUCCCCACACCAUAACACCUCCUCCUCUAUGCUUUACGGUGGGAAAUACACGUGCGGAGAUCAUCUGUUCACCCAAACCGUGUCUCACAAAGUCACGGCGGUUGGAACCAAAAAUCUCCAAUUUGGACUCCAGACCAAAGGACACAUUUCCACCGGUCUAAUGUCCAUUGCUCGUGUUUCUUGGCCCAAGCAAGUCUCUUCUUCUUAUUGGUGUCCUUUAGUAGUGGUUUCUUGCAGCAAUUCAACCAUGAAGGCCUGGUUCACGCAGUCUCCUCUGAACAGUUGAUGUUGAGAUGUGUCUGUGAACUCUGUGAAGUAUUUAUUUGGGCUGCGAUUUCUGAGGCUGGUAACUCUAAUGAACUUAUCCUCUGCAGCAGAGGUAACUCUGGGACUUCCAUUCCUGUGGCGGUCCUCAUGAGAGCCAGUUUCAUCAUAGCACUUUAUGGUUUUUGCGACUGCACUUGAAGAAACGUUCAAAGUUGACUGACCUUCAUGUCUUAAAGUAAUGAUGGACUUUUGUUUCUCUUUGCUUAUUUGAGCUUUUUUUUGCCAUAAUAUGAACUUGGUAUUUUACCAAAUAGGGCUAUCUUCUGUAUAGCACCCCUACCUUGUCACAACACAACUGAUUGGCUCAAACGCAUUAAGAAGGAAUGAAAUUCCACAAAUUAACUUUUAAGAAGGCACACCUGUUAAUUGAAAUGCAUUCCAGGUGACUACCUCAUGAAGCUGGUUGAGAGAAUGCCAAGAGUGUGCAAAGCUGUCAUCAAUGCAAAGGGUGGCUAUUUGAAGAAUCUCAAAUAUAAAAUAUAUUUUGAUUUGUUUAACACUUUUUUGGUUACUACUUGAUUCCAUAUGUGUUAUUUCAUAGUUUUGACCUCUUCACUAUUAUUCUACAAUGUAAAAAAUAGUAAAAAUAAAGAAAAACCCUUGAAUGAGUAGGUGUGUCCAAACCUGGUAAUAUAUAUAUAAAUGUAACAUGUCUGAUCUUGAAAAUGGCCCUUGAUAAACAGGACUAAACUUAUGUACCAUUGUGUAUUCCUCCUUUUCCCCCAGCCUGUUUUCUUGUCCUUUGCACUGAAGACAAAUGGCCAU